AUGAAGAUCCAGCUGCUGGUCUCUACAGGGAUCCUGCUGGUCGCCCUCUUGCCUUGCCAUGAGUGCAGAGCCCUCAGCAAGAGCGUCCCAGCCGCCGACAGCACUCUGCAGCAGCCAGACCUUCCCCAAGCGCAACCACAGUCGCUGCCCAUCUUGCUCCGCAUGGGAGAAGAGUAUUUCUUGCGCUUGGGCAACCUUCACAAGAACCCCGCUGCCUCUUCCCUCUUCUCUUCCUCCUCGGGCACUAGCAGCAGCAGCAGCAGCAGUAAUCACCUAGCAGCGUCUGCAUCCGCCGGCAACUUUUUCCGAGCAGCGGUGCAACAGCUGCAGCAGCUGUCGCACCUGCACGAGCGCUCGCUAGAGGGCGCCGCCGAGCCCUGGGAAGGCGAAGAGGACGGCGGCCACCUGGAAGCUCCGGAGAGAGAAAAACGCUCCGAAGAACCGCCGAUCUCCCUGGACCUGACUUUCCAUCUCCUCCGAGAAGUCUUGGAAAUGGCCCGAGCGGAGCAGCUGGCGCAGCAAGCUCACAGCAACAGGAAACUGAUGGAAAUCAUCGGGAAAUGA